AUGAAGGUUAUAGAGGGUGGAGAGAAAGAGCAACUCUCCUACACUGUUAAUGGGAAUGUAGUCAACUCCUCCACUGAUUCCUCAGGCUCAGCCUCUGUGGCCAGUGACGUCUCCAUAGAAUCCACAGCAGAGGCCACAGUCUGCCCGGUGACCCUGGAAAAGACCUCUGCAGGACUGGGCUUCAGCCUGGAAGGAGGGAAGGGCUCCCUACAUGGGGACAAGCCUCUGACGGUUAACAGGAUCUUCAAAGGGGUGGCCUCAGAACAGAGUAACACAGUCCAGCCGGGAGAUGAAAUCUUAUACCUGGCCGGCACCAACAUGCAGGGUCUCACGCAGUUUGAAGCCUGGAACAUCAUCAAGGCGUUGCCUGAUGGACCUGUGACGAUCGUCCUCAGGAGGAAGAGCCUGCAAUCCAAGGGGACCCCAGCUGCUGGAGACCCCUAG